CCUCCACCAAGUAUAGAUUAUCUUUCAUUUGUCCCUGUAGUUGAGAAACUUUGUAAUCGGUGGAGCAUAACUCUCUCUCCAUCCUUCAGUGUUAUCUGUCCAAAAUAAUUCAGAUGUCAACACUAAGCACCUCCAGGAUCCAUUUUGCCAAAAUAAGAAAAUACAUUUGGAUAGUAUUCAGAGCUGGUUGCUUGUUCCACAUUUUGUCAUAUUACAGUCUUCACCUAAAAUGGAUCAAAUUAAUUUUUUACCUCAAAACUGAACACAAAAUAACCCCAUAAAGACACAGUAAAAAGAUUUUGCUUGAAAUUUUGGGAAAUUAAUAAAAAAUACAAACCAAAAAUAUAAUAUGUACAUAAGUAUUAGGCAUUCGAAUUGGCGCAUACCGGCGACCCUCGGGGAAAAAUAUUCGCCUGUCCGACAGGGACAGACACAACUUGUUGACCGCGCUAGGCCGUCCGGCUCCUGGUUCCCAGAGCUCCAUCUCGACCGGUGCGUCUUCUCUGCCAUCAGGCACACAAAAUCCGCCGCGCCUGCUCUUGCGAGCCAAACACGGUCUAGGCAUUAAACGUCUCAGGGGUUUCAAUACUGCGGGCGCAAGGACCAAGAGGAGGACAAGGACAAGACACAGCCGACAACAGCUUCUUUCUCUGGCUCUUCCAGCAGUAUGUCUGGUUGUUGAGUUAAUGUCCUUUAUCAAAUAAGAAAUAAAUAAGCUGUUUUUGGUUUUUAAACAUUUGUCCUUUUACAUUCUUCUGCGUCAAUAAAAAUGGAUAACCAGGAACAUGAUAUUACUGACCCAUUUUUAGCCAUAAACCUAGCUCUAGCAAUGUUAAACCAAAAUACCGAUCAUUCUCAAAAUACACAUUCACAAAGCAGUGAGCACCCUGCUGCAAUCAAUGAUAAUGACCCUUUCGAAUUGCUUAAUGUAGCUCUUGCCCCAUUAGCACCUAGUGAAAGUCUUUCGCAAAAUAGCUGUCAAAGUUUGGGUGUGGAGUCCGAUGAGAUCCAAACACAGUCAAACGUGGCUCAUUCUCCAAGGAGCCUGACACAAAACAUUUCCUCUUCUGAACCGUUAUUUGAUCUAAAUCAGGAUUUAGCAGCCUUGGCAGAAAGAGAGGAUGAGGUUCAAAUACCCCCAGAGUUGUUAAGCCAGAUAGAUAGGUUAAAUGAAAGCCGUUUCAUUGACUCUCAUAACCAACAAUCGCUCGGCUUUUCCCGAAACAAUGUGCAAUCACCUGCUAACGAGCCACUCCAUCACAGCCCCGUAAACCAUGAUCGCGGUCCUUCGUUUCAACAAGGCGGUAAUCCAGAGCCGAGCUGUUUUGUCAGAAAUAAAUUUAAUAAUGUUGAAAUUAGACAUAUUUUGAAUUUCCUGCCUCCAGACGAUAUACCCGAUUAUGCACAAUAUUAUCAAGGCAUAAUGGGGAGUGCCCGUGAAAGAUCAAACAGGGUUUUCUCCCAUGCACGCCCAGGCGAUGUUGUACAGUUAGAGUUGAUAGGGCAUCAGUUACAAAAUAACGCUUCAGACAUUUUACGUGAUAAUCACAAUUUGUCUGAAUUUGAAAAUUUAUUCUUGAGAGCCGUACAGUCAAACUGGUCGGUAAUGUGUGACAGCUUGCUUGAGCUCGUAGCUCAGAUUGUUAGACCCCCAUCUGGUAGUGGAAAGAGAAUACUUAGACAGGUACUUAACAACAAAAUUGUUAAAAAGAAAAGACGUUUUUUGUACGUGGUCCAUAACCCUGACAAUAGUUUAUGUUUUGCCAUAAGUCUGGCCCACCUUCUGCACCCCGAUUUUAACGGUCUCCAGGCAGAAACCUUAGCUAAAGAAAUUCCACAAAAAGCUGGUCUAAAUGAUCAAACGCCUGUAAGCUUUAAUCAAAUUAUUACAUUUGAAAGGCUACUCAGCUGUAAAAUAAUAGUAUUUUACUGUAAUGAGUAUAAUCGUAACCUUUGUACAUUUCAAACCACUACACCAACUAGCGAAAAAACCCUUUUUUUAUUUUUAUUUGAGAACCAUUACUAUGCUAUUAAAAAUUUAAAGGGAUUUAUGGGCACAAACUAUAUAUGCAAUUAUUGUUACACAGGCUAUAACCAUAUCUUAUCCCAUUUCUGCCCCAGUCAUUGCUCUGUCUGCAUGCAAUCCGCGUGUAGUCGCGACAUCCUGUCUCCUAUUCUCUGUGCUGAUUGUAAUCGUACCUGCAGGUCUCCGCUUUGUUUCCAGAACCAUAAAAAGGUCGUUGAGAGGCGUGAAAGAGUCGCCAGCAACUGUCAGCUAUAUAAAAAAUGUGUUAAGUGUUCGCAACUUUAUUAUGUAGCAGCCUAAAAAUUUAGGCUGCUACUUCCAUGGUUGUGUUACGUGUUUUUCUAAUCAGUCAGAUCAGUCAGUCUUAACCCUCUGCUAGGUACUUCUUUUUCAGACAUUAACAUGGCCACUCAAGACAGGCUUGCUAGAUUGAGAGCCGAGCAUAAUGUGCACCUUUUGAUAAUUUGAGAGCAUGAAUGGAUGGAGUUAAAACGUACUUAUGAGAGUAUAAUCAGCUUUCUCAAAUGUUACGAUACACCAGAGCCUUUAAAUCUUCAUCAUGCUCUCUUCGGUGGUCGUACAAGCCCAGCCCGGCUGCGCUGCAGCGCAGGGCCUGGUGAAAAAAUUAGUUACGUGGAUGUUACCUCAUUGUAUCCGUUUCUAAAUAGCACCUGUCGGUACCCCUUAGGUCAUCCUCAAAUAAUUUUUCGCAAUUUUCAGGACACAAAAAACUACUUUGGGUUUAUCAAAGUGGUUGUCUACCCGCCCAGAGCUCUCUAUUUUCCUGUUUUACCCUAUAAAACCCAGUCAAGCAAGCUUGUGUUCACUCUCUGCCACACAUGUGCUGAAAUGAACAACCAGGAGGGGGCGUGUAACCAUAGCAACGAGGAGAGAGCUCUCAGAGGUGUGUGGACCACUCCUGAAUUUAACCUGGCCUUAGAAAAGGGAUAUCAAAUAAGUCAAAUCAUGGAGGUAUGGCACUUUGAGAAACAGAGUAACACAAUAUUCACACAAUAUGUACAUCAUUUCCUACGCAAAAAACAAGAAGCUUCAGGCUACCCAUCAGAUGUUGUAAGUGAGGAGGAUAGGCUGCUUUACAUUAAAGACUACCAGGCUAAACAAGGCAUCACUUUAGACCCUGAAAACAUAAAAUUAAACCCUGCUAAAAGACAAAUGGCCAAACUGUGUUUAAACUCCUUUUGGGGAAAAUUUGGGCAGAGAAAUAAUCUCACACAGAGCAAACUUGUGAGUGACCCCGAGGAAUUCUUUAACCUCAUUCUCCAAAAUACAAAGUGAGCUAUUUCUCUUUUGUCAGUGAUGAUGUGGCUCUUAUUCAAUGGUGUUAUGGUGACCUCUGUACUCCACUCUCAAACUCCACAGAUAACAUCUUCAUUGCGGCCUUCACUACUUCAUAUGGGCGUAUGAAACUCUACAGCUACUUGGAUGAGUUACAGGAAAGAGCUAUAUACUACAAUACUGAUAGCGUUGAAUUAGGUAGAUAUUUAGGUGAUCUCACAAAUGAGUUAGAUCAGGAUGAUUUCAUUACAGAGUUUGUUGCAGCUGGACCUAAAAGUUAUGGAUACAUGACCAAAACAGCAAAGUUGUUUUGAAAGCAAAAGGGAUCACACAAACACAUGAUGUCUGCGAGAGGGUCAACUUUGAAUCUGUAAAGAACCUUGUUGACAGUCACAUUGAUAACUUUCAAGCAGGGUCUACACUUGAGGCCCCUCAGCAUGGCAUCAUUCGCAAUAAAGCCGGUUUCUCACUCCAAAAUUCAUCAUUCCCCAAAAAAUUCCGGGUUGUUUAUGACAAGCGUAGAAUGCUGCCAGGAGGUCAGACUUUACCUUUUGGUUAUUGAUUAUUUAUUUUAUUUUAUUUAUUUUUUUAUUUUUCAUUUUUUGUGUUUAUUUUUAUUUUAAAAUGUUUCAGCCUGCUUUAAUCGAGUUUGAUCACAGACUUCAAGUCCCAUUUUCCUGUAUGGUUGUCGGGCCUAGUGGCUCAGGAAAAACUUUUUUUGUCAAAUCUGUAUUGGAAAACUGUGUACAUGUUUUGAAUAAGCUUGUAGAAAAUGUUGUGUGGGUUUAUACAUCC